AUGAUCCGCUGGACACAGAAAAGCCAAUUGGCAUGCAAAACCCCCUCAAAGCCAUCCUCACGACGAACAUUCACCACCAGCCAUAAAACCCAAGCCGCCCGCGUCUCAACAACCACAACCGCAACCUCACCAACCCCCGAAUCCGCACCCUCAGAAUCAAACGACUCACUCCCCUCCCUCUCCAGCAGCCUCUGGGCCCAAAAGCCCUCCCGCACCCCCUUCUCACCCUUAAAACCCACCUCCUCCGCCUUCGAAAUGCUCACCAUGCUGAACCCCACAGCCAAACCGGGCUCCCAACUCCCCCCAUCCUUCGACAACAUCCUGGGGCCCAACCCGAGCAAGGAAGCGCGCGAGCUCGCCGGGAGCAUCGACAUGAAGAACUACGCGCGGGAGCUGCUCUCGGCCGCGCCAGUGGUGCCGCGUGUGAAACUGCGUCUGAAUCCGAGUACGGGGCGCGCGAUUGCGGUGACGCAGCAGACGGACGUGGCGUUUGCGUUUAAGCUGCUGGAGAUCGGGGUGAAUAAGAAUAAGGUGAAGAAUGAUUUUAAUCGGCAGCGGUUUCAUGAGAGGGGGGGUGUGAAGAGGAAGAGAUUGGGGAGAGAGAGGUGGCGGAGGAGGUUUGGGGAUGGGUUUAAGGCUGUGGUUGCGAGGGUGAAGCAUUUGAGGAAGCAGGGGUGGUGA